AUGCGACAGGACGCAGACGAGCGCGCCGCGUGGGUCGAAGUGGCAACCGCCGACGAUGGCCUACGGAUCGUCGAUGUCCACCGUCUGGAUGGGUUGGUGAAGUCCCUCAGCCGACCCACGCUGCAGCGCCCCCAAAUCGUGGCAUGCGUCGGCAAUACCGAGAAGCGACUCGCGUACAGUGUGCUGUUCCCGCAAAACCCAGAUGUGUGGACCAACUGCACGCACGCGUUCGCAGACCUGCACCUCGACCGUGUGAGUGCGGGAAUCGACCGUGAAAGUGCGGGACUCGACCGUGAAAGUGCAGGAAGCGACCAUCCUUUGUUCUUCGUCGACUGUUCACCCGGUGCUGGCUGUCCUACCGCAGAGCGGAAGCUAGCGACACGCAGCGGGACGCACUCGCCACUGCCCUCCGACACCGCAGGCAAACUUAUCCUCACCCGCCUCCUCUUCCCCUUUGUCGAUGUCGUCUGUGUUUUCGCGGACGAUCUCGGGGGCCUUGCGGGAGCCGCCACUUACCUGGAGCAAUUGUUCGAGCUGGCUUCCGGAAGCCCGGGAGCCGCUCCCUCCCUGAUUCCCACAUCUCUGCCCUGGCAUGCGCGACCGAGCGUAAUCGUGGUCACCUCGGCGCGGGACACCGACGAGCGGGACGUACAGCUUCGGGAGGUGCGAGAGUUCAACUCGCGCAUGCGCGCGCUCCGGUACCGUCGCCACUUCUCGGCGAUAGGGUGCGUCAGACUAUGGCCCAGGCGUGCCGAAGCCCUCCGCGUAGCGGCACUCGCUCGCGAGGUCCGGCGAACGCUGGACAGGGCGCGUGAAAGGAGGUCUGCUGCAAGAACACUGUUCUCCGCCACACACCUCUCUUGGUUCUUCUCCCAGGCGGUGGUGCACGUCGCGCGAACGGUUCGGGAUCCCUCGCCGUUCGACUUUAUCGCCACCUCCCGAUCGCCACGACCAUUGCACCCCCUUGCCGCAAGUCAGCUUCGUGCCUUUCUGCGCGUGGCGCGCGACCGCAAACUCCCCUUCGAGACGAUGAUUCGCGUCGUCGCGUCGUCCGUUGUCUAUGAUGCGUACCCCCCCUCAGCGCACGUGUUCUGCCCUGCCGACACGUUCUCGACGAUCUACGCCAGCGCCAUCCAACACGCCCUGGAGACGGCGGACGUCCCGCUCUCGCGUCAUCCGCGGGGAAUGCAGAAGUCAGCACUCGUCGCAUCGUGCCUCAGCAAGAUCCGUGCGCAGGUCUGCGAGUGGGUGGACGCUGAGGCCACGAGGGGAAACUGGGCAAAGGACUUGCAUAUCCGCAAUCUCGAUCUCUUCCGGCUCGAAAUGCGCUGGGAAAAGGCGAAAUGCAACUCGUCGUGCCUGUUCUGCAUCUUCGGGCGACCACAGCACGUGUUGCACUGCGGCCAUGCUAUCUGCGACGUGUGCGUGCAACGCCUCGGGCACGCUGAGUCCGGGAUGGAGUACUCCUACCGAGUCGAGGUAUGUGCGCUGUGCAGAACUCCAGCCCAAUUGAAGGUCGUCCUGAAGCCGCCGACCGCCGGCAUCCGCAUCUUAAGCAUAGAUGGCGGCGGCGCUCGGGGUAUCGUGCCUCUACAGUUUUUGAAGUUGCUGCAGGCGGAAAUCGGCCGCGGAGGUUCCAUUCAAGACUACUUCGACGUUGCCGUCGGGACGAGUGCGGGUGCACUCAUCGUGCUCGAAAUGUUCCGCAUGCACUGGGACAACGCGCGGUGCAUCGAGCAGUUCUGCGGCUUCGCCGACUGCGUCUUCACCGCUCCCCAGCGGAGUCGACCGGCGCCGAGGCAGCCGAUGUGUGCGCGAGGCUAUCGUUUCGUCGAGGCCUGGUUCGGAAAAGGCGUGUACAGUGAUGAAGUCGUCGCCAUGCUGCUGAAGAGAUGCGUCGGGGAGCAGACGCGGCUCUUCGACCGCGUCGUCGACGGUGCUCCGUCGCGUUGGAAGUUUCUGGUCACCACCACUACCGUGGACGACGUCUCCACCGUCGUCUUCGCGAACUACAACCCGCCGCUCGAACGCAUGGACGGCGACCUUGAGCCUGGGGCGGAGCAGGCGGCCGCGACGUACACGAGGUUCCCGCGGAGCGCCCCAGAGGACGAGCCGUAUCUGUGGGAGGUUGCAAAAGCGACGUCCGCGGCCCCGUGGUUUUUCCGCACGGUCGAGAUCCGUCUAUCGGACGACCAGCAGAACGAUUCCAUGGGCAGUCAUCAGGACGGUGCGAUGCGCAACCCCAAUCCCACGGACAUUGCAGUAGAGGAAAGCACCGGGCACAUUUGGCCAUGCCGUCCACGGCGCGACCUCAUCCUCUCGCUCGGCACCGGCGGGCUGCUGCGCACGGACGCGCCCUCGUAUCCGACGUCACGGGGGCCGUCGAGUAAGAGGGUCGUAAGCCGAAUAUAUCGCUGGGGGACGAAGACUCUGAUGGCGACCGUCGAUCCGGAGACUGUGCACCAAAAGGUCCUGAAAAUGCUGGACCCCACGGAGAAAUCACGCUAUUUCCGGUGGAAUCUGAUGCUCUCUGACACGCUCCCGAGCCUCGACGACGCCUCCAGCAUGGAUUUCCUCACACAGCAGACCGAGCGCUGCGUCCCGCAAGGCAAGCUGCGGGACAUCAAGAUCGCUCUCGUCGCCUCGUCCUUCUUCUUCGAGCUCGACGGACCGCCCGCGCGUAACGACGGCGGGUCGUACGACUGCACGGGGACGAUCCGAAUCCGGGGUGAACCCGCACGCGUACUCGAGCUCGUCCGCAGCGUGCACUCGGGAAAGAUACCCAUCUUCAAGAACGCCGAGUCUGUCGACGACGACUUGCGCUUGCGAGAGUGCUUCGUGUGCAAGCGGCACGUCCAACGCGUCGCCUUUACCGUCGACGACCUCACCAUUCCCUUCAACCUGAAACUCGGUCUGGGACGUGCCGGCGAGCACGCCAUGUCCGGACUCCCACAGACCAUGCAAUGGUUCGUCGACCAGCAAGGGCUCCACGACCCUUUCACGGACAUCCUGCCCCACGUGAGCGGGCCGAACGGGAUCCGCUUCGAACAUCCAGGCUGUCCGGCCGUCCGAGAAUGGACAGGCAACGCGGACGCGCGCCCGCUCAAACGCAGGCGAGCCUGUUGA